GCGGAUCCGAGCUCACAGAGAUCAGCGGACCUAAGAGGAGACAGUCGGCCUCAGCUGCUCAGUCCAGCCAUCAGAAUGGACUGAUAAACAUCAGGGUGUGGGGCGAUGUUCAGAUAUUUUUGCCAUGGAAAUGGACAUGAUACCAAAAUUCUCCUCAAAAGAUGAGGAGAUCGACUUCUGGAAGGCUCUAUCCCUGAAGUAUAAGAAAAGCUGCCAGGAGGCCCAGGAGGAGCUGCUGGAGUUUCAGGAGGGAAGCAGGGAGCUGGAGGCUGAGCUGGAAGCACAGCUGGGCCAGGCCGAGCAUCGGCUGAAGGACCUGCAGUCUGAGAACCACAGACUGAAGAAUGAGGUUGAAACGCUAAAGGAGAAGCUGGAGCACCAAUACUCCCAGAGCUAUAAGCAGAUCUCCGUACUGGAGGACGACCUUGGCCAAACACGCAGCAUCAAGGAGCAGCUGCACAAAUAUGUCAGAGAACUUGAGCAGUCCAAUGAUGACUUGGAGAGAGCCAAACGAGCUACCAUUGUGUCUCUGGAGAACUUCGAGCAGCGUCUGAACCAGGCCAUAGAGAGGAACGCCUUCCUGGAGAGUGAGCUCGAUGAGAAGGAGUCGCUCCUGGUUUCUGUGCAAAGAUUAAAGGAUGAAGCCAGAGACUUGCGGCAGGAGCUUGCCGUGCGAGAGAGGCAGUCAGAUGUAUCGAGGAUGUCUGCUCCAAGUUCGCCCACACAGGACAAUGUGAAGAUGGACACCGCUGUGCAGGCCUCCCUCUCCCUCCCAGCAACCCCACUGAGCAAAGGUCUGGACAAUGCCUUCGCCAACCCAACAGUGCUAUCAAAUGGCUACAGCAGCAACUCACCUCUGACUCCAUCUGCCAGAAUAUCAGCCCUCAACAUCGUCAGUGAUUUACUCCGGAAAGUCGGGGCUCUGGAGUCUAAGCUUGCUGCUUGCAGGAACUUUGCCAAGGACCAGAAGGCGAGGAGGGCAUACGCUCUGGACAACAGCAACGCACUCAACGCCAACACAGCCAACUUCACACCGUCACUUCAUACAUCAUAUUUUGACAAAGCGACAGAGAUGGUCACGUUCCCUGCAUUGAUUUUGGCAGGGCAGUGAACGGACUAGAAACUGAUAACCGAACAGUCAUCACGGCCCCUCCCUCCGCCACCUCCCCAGGCCUUGUGCCCCUCGCUGUGUGACAAAAGUAACCACACCCCCCUCUACCCGACACACCCACCCUGCAACCUAAAAUCACAUCAAUGAAGAAAGGUUGUGUUGUGGAGCACCAAACCCCAAAGAGGGAGCACAAAUAGUUAAUGCUGUAAAACUUCAAUGUACUGUUAUCAGUCUCUCUGUGGUCUGUCUUGUUCUGACUCCACAAUUGUGCUUUGUACCUUCUGUAAUUAUGGGUCCCUGUCUGUAUAUUUUAUGUGUUGAUGUAUCUGCAUAUUGGCAUUUUGUAAGUAACUAGUAUGGUUCAACCAGCUACUCUGACACACACUUAUUUCUGAUUCUCUGAGGAUUUGUAAAUCUGUCCCAUGUGCACAUGUUUCACUGACAUUUAUACAGUAUAACAAGUUUUUAUUUUGAGGACACCGCUAACAUGAUUUUUAUUUAUAUUGGCAGCAAUAAGUUACUGUAAAGUGCACUCAGAAUUGAAUGUUCAGCGCAAAAAUCACACAAAAAUAGUGCAUUAUCUGGUCUUUGGUCAACAAUCUGGCAUGUAUUCAUCAAUUAUUAAUAUUCCCAAAUGUUCAACAUAAGCCUGAAAGGUUCAUUUUUUAACUGUUACCAUCUAAAAAAAGAAACUGAGCAAUUUUGGCUUCUGCUAUUAUCUAGUCACCCCUGUAGUUUUAUUUUUUUAAUUUAUUCAUUCGGUUUCAAAGCUGCCUGAGAUGGAAGGUUAAUGUCCUGUGUCAUUGUAGUGAGUCUAAUGGACCAUCUAUAUUCUGAACUAUGUGACAUACAUGUGUACAGUAUUGGUCAUAUUGAUCAUUAUUUAAAGACAGCCACUUGAGUUUUUGCUGUCAGUGUGGAGACCAGUCAACCAGAUUUCUGAUGUUCCAUGGUCUACACGUUUAAUCCAGUCAAAGCUGGCAUUUUUAAUUGCAAAACCCCCAUUUUUAAUACUGUACACGACAAGCAAGUGAAGCACUUUGAUCUUGGCGUGAAAUGUGUCGCAUUUUGUUUUGUUUUUUUUCAUUGAAGUGCAAUAUUUCCUGUUUGUUACAGUUCAAGUUUUAAUUUAUUUUGGAUUGCUUUUACAGCAUGUUUUAAUAAAUUAUGUAAUAUACUGGUGUA